UAUAUAUUAGGGUUUCUUUUCCCCCUUGUUUGAUAUUUCUUUGUUAACUAAAAGCUUGUAGUAGUGGAAAACAUGAGUAGAGGUUGGAGCUACGGUGGCGGCCAAAGUUCCUUGGGCUACCUCUUUGGUGCCGAUGAGCAGCCAAGCGCACCCACCGUCACACCAGCGAUCCAGCCUCCAUAUGGCAUAGAUAUUACCCCAGAGAACCCUCCCCCUCAAUAUAAACCAAGUUCAGAGCAACAGACUGAGAAAAACACCACCAACAACUAUCAGAGGGCUAAAGGACAGAAUGCAGGCAACUUCAUAACUGAUCGACCAUCAACAAAGGUGAAAUCAGUUCCAGGUGGAGAUUCCUCCCUGGGUUACCUGUUUGGAGACAAGUGAUGCAAUGAUUAAUUCCUUCUUACAAGUUUUUAAGAAGAAAAUUGGUGAACUGCUUCCGACAAGGAAUUGAAGAUAAACAGAUAAGUGGGUUUUUUUAGUUAAAUACAUGUGCAGAAGUUGCUAAAUAAAGGGGUUGAGUUCCCCAUGUCAGUGUCGAAUUUGCCAGGGUCUAAUGUAUGGUGUCUGUUUAACUAGGUAUUCAAGUUUGGAGCAAUAUUUAAUGAAGUUUGUCUUUUGUAUUAAAUAGCCGAAUUUGGAAAGUGGGAAAUUUUCCCAUUUCGGAUGUUUCGAUGAAAAUAAUUUGUUAAUAUUAAAAA